AUGGCCGACAUCCCCCAGCUCUGGGCCAGGGGCGUGGGGAGCUUGUGGCUGGGGCGAUCCCCACGGGGUGAGCUGCUGUGCCGGUGGGACGAGGUUGCAAAUCGGGGAGGAGACGCGCAUCUAGGAGGUGAAACGGGAGAGGUGGCCCCAAAUAUUUGGGGAAUUCUCUGCAGAUUGGCUUUCCUGGGCACGCGCCACCCGGGCGAGGGCAAGAAUGCUCACCGGGGCUUGCUGAACCCCCACGCGAAAAGCGCCGGGGGGACGGGUGUGAUGGGGAUGGCGAAGGUGCCAGAGCAGACUGGGGUGCCGUACCUGCUGGUGGUGCCUGGGGGCCUGGGGUGCCCGGGCUGCAGGGAAGGGCUGCUCCCACGCGGGCAGGCGGCACAGGAGGAGACAGCACCCGCCGCCGCCUGCUCCCAGAAAAGGACUGGAUUCUGCACAACAUCCGAUGAUGAGAUGCUGGGGCUGUUUGUGCUCUACGGGACCCCAGGGACCGGAAACUCCAUUUUAUUUCAGAGCGCAGCUGAGCCAGCCCGCUCCUCAACACUCUGCCGUCUGCACCGCUGUGGCUGGGACCGGGCAGUGCUGCACAUCCCAAAGGCCACCAAGUCACACCCGUGUCCCUGCUGCUUUGCCGGGAGCUUCUGCGAUGCGAGCGAUGUUUUGGGGGCUGAUCUCUUGGACUGCAGCUACUCCAUGCCUGACCGGCAGCUGGUCAGGAGGGUUGCGUCCCAGGUGGAAUUCCACCUCUCUGACGAGAACCUGGCCAAGGAUGCUUUCCUCCUGAAACAUGUCCAGAGGAACAAGGUGGGCUUUGUCAGCAUCAAACUGCUGACGUCCUUGAAGAAGGUAGGCAGCCCGUUGCGUUGGCCAGCCGGGGUGGGAGUUUCUUCGACCGGCUUUUCGGUAUCAUGGGUCCCCAUCCCUGAGUCCCUGCUGAGCAUCCACCCCAGCAAACUGCUGCUGGCCUGGGAGCUGCUGCUCCUGGAGCAGGACAUGCUGCUGCUGCUCCAGAAGAAUUUCCUCAAGACCAUCACGAGGAUGUUCAGCCCCUUCGGCACCAUCGCCUCCAUCCGCAUCCUGCGGCCGGGCCGCAAGCUGCCCUCAGGUGUGCGGAAAUACACGUCAGACUUCCCCGAGCUGCUGAGCAAGCACUGCGCGCUGGUGGAGUACAAGAGCCUGGGGAGCGCUUCAGCCUUGAGGAGCCUUGAGAGCCUUGAGGACCUCGGCCACCAGAGCUGUCCGCGUGGCGAGAGCAUCAGGGUGGUCCGGCUCUGCGGGAAGGGCUCCAAGAAGACACCCGGGGCCGAGAGGGAGGUGGCGGAGGAGCUGGUGGACCAGCCGGGUUGGAAAGCGCAGGCGGUGGCCGCGACCUUCCCCGACGGCCUCGGGGACUCCCUGCUCUGCAGCUCCCCGGAGCUGAACGGUGCCCAGGCGUUGCCACCCCUCCUCCUGCACAAGGACCCCUCAGCACCCUCCCGGCCCGGCAGCAACUUCAAGCCCAGCAAUUUCGGCAACGGCUUCAAUGGAUUGCUCCUCGCCAGCAAAGUCUUCCCUCCACUGGGGACAGGCUUGGGCACAGGCAGCUGCUACGGCCUCUGCUCCAGCACUGAGAGCACCCGUGGCUGCAGCUGGGGGAGUGGGGUGGGUGCCUGGGCACCCUGGCCCAGCAGCCCCUCUCCAGAUGCCAAACCUCUUGCCGGCAAUCCUCCGGCAGCGACGUGGGUGCCUGAGCCCCUCGGCCUGCGGGAUGCGGUGCUUUGCCUGCCCCACUGUUGUCCCAAAAGAAACUGUCUCCUCCGGGAUCAACCCAAGCCUCCUCCCAGUUAUCUCUCAGAGUCUUCUGACCUCUGCUUUUGGUACCGGAGAUCGCAGCUACCUGCCUCAGGCUCCUCCAA